GGGCAACAUGGCGGCGCCCGUCGCCCUAUCGGCGGCCCGGGCCGUGCGCUGGGUCUUGAGGGCCGCCGCGGCGGGGCCGCUCCUGCCGGGCCCAGCCCGGCUCCUGGAGAGCUGCGCCCCGCGGGUCACCGUGCUCUCUGCCCGCUGGAGCGGGGGCAGCUCGGCGCUGGGCAGCAUCCUGGGCAUCCCCGCCGAGAAGCCGAGUGACUCCCUGGGCCAGCACCCACCGCCCGUUGCCACCAACAAGAAGGAGCAAGAGCGCCUGUUACGGAAUAAGCCCGACCAGCCCCAGAACCCCAAGGUUUUAAGAAUUGCCAUCAUUGGAGCACCCAAUGCUGGGAAGUCCACCCUCUCUAAUCAGCUCUUGGGCAGAAAGGUUUUCCCUGUCUCUCGGAAAGUGCACACAACCCGAUGCAAAGCCCGGGGUGUCGUCACCUAUGAGGACACUCAACUGAUCAUUCUGGACACACCUGGCCUCACUAGUCCCUUUAAAGCCAAAAGACAUAAUUUAGAUGAAGCCAUGCUGACAGACCCAUGGGACAGCAUGAAACAUGCGGAUUUAGUUCUGGUUUUAGUGGAUGUGUCAGAUCACUGGACACGAAACUCUCUUAGCAAGGAGGUGCUGAAGUGUCUUUCUGAGUUUCCCGAGAUCCCCAGUGUCCUGGUUCUGAACAAGGUGGAUCUGCUGAAGAAGAAAUACAUCCUCUUGGAAUUAGUAAAUGACCUAACAGAGGGAAUUGUAAAUGGAAGGAAACUGGAAGCGAGAUCUGCAUUUAAAGAUAAUUCCAGUUCUUCAGCAGAGUCUCCUCUUCAAGUAACUCAGACUUCUCCACCUGAGAACAGGGCCCAUGAGCCUCACUGUCUGCAGGAAGCAGAUGGAGGCCAAGUAGGCUGUAGCUUGGACAACAGCAGUGAUAUGAGGGCUUCUGAGGCCAGGCUUGUUACAGAAGGAGCACAAGGGCCAAAGUGCUAUGGACCUAAAGAUGUAAAAAAUAUGAAGGGCUGGCCGUGCUUCAAGGAGAUCUUCAUGCUGGCAGCUCUCCGUGGGGAAGAGGUGGAUACACUCAAGCGGUACCUCCUGAUGCAAGCCAAGCCAGGCCCUUGGGAGUUUCACAGCGAGGUCUUGACCAGCCAGUCACCCCAAGAGAUCUGCGAUAAUAUCAUCCGGGAGAAGAUACUGGAGUACCUGCCACUGGAAGUGCCCUACGGUGUGACUCAGGUGACUGAGAUAUGGGAGGAAGGACCGAGUGGGGAGCUCCUCAUCGUGCAGAGCCUCUUGGUCCCAAGGAAGUCUCAUAUGAUGAUGUUGAUUGGAAGAAGAGGUAAGGUCAUCAGCAGGAUUGCUCAGGAGGCUGGCCAGGACCUGAUGAACGUUUUCCUGUGUGAUGUUCGCUUGAAGCUGAGGGUGGAUAUGAAGAGUUGAGCUCUUUGUGUAUGUUUUAACAGCCCUUGGGCUCUCUGGUCACGUGGAGAAACUGGUCCUGUUUUCCCCUGCGGAUAUCUUGGCACCUUUGUUCAAUCCAGAAACAGAGGAUGAUGGAAUUGAUAUAGUGAGCUGAAGUAGAAUAUAUUAUUCUUUGGGAGAAUGGCCCAAGCUGAAAUAAAAUCAUCUCCUGUGGCACCUUGUCUUGUGGAAGCUGGGGAUGGACAUCAGAGAACCAGCUGCAGGCACUGUGUUUAUGGAGCUCUCAUCCACUUCUCCGGGGCUGUGUCCUCUGUCCUUGCUGUCAAGUGUUUGUGCCUGGAAGUGCAGGAGCUUCUCCUGUCUUUUAGCGGACAAAGGGUUGCAGUGAAGAGUUACCAGCACACUUUUAUCGUCCCUUCUGAAGGCUGAGUGACUCCAGCAGUGGUCGUGCAGGAGGAAGAGGCGACCCCUGCCCACGUGGUGGUCUUGUGUUGGCUGGUGAAGUUCACGGGAGUGAGCAUAUGACCAUGUAGGGGGUCAGUGUUGCCCAGGCAGCCUGAGUGGGGGGGGUUUGUGGGCUAGCAGAAAUGACUGGGGGUGACGGAGGAAGCUCUUAAACUUUCUGUAGAUCACAAAGGCCAGUGGUUUCCAACUCCUGUGGGGGAGCCCUGCCCACAGGCUUGUGUGCACCAUCCUCUCAGACAAUUGCCAGCUGUUGCUUUCAUUUUGACCUCUUCUGUGCAGGAGUUUGGACUUGUUCCUUCUUUUUCCCCUAUUAUCCUUUCUUUCAACUUCCUCAGCAGUUCACUGCUCCUGACUCAUGGCUCUUGCUCCAGAGGGAUGGGUCUGGUCACAGACCCUUCUGAGUGGAUUCCUGGAGGAGCAGAGAAAGGGAACCAUGAUCUGUUCUCGAUGUGUGUACGAGCUGCUUCCCUGCCCACCAGUGAGAGGAGCAGGGAGGUCAGAGCAUGGACUUGUGAGUGUUUGCUGGAGCACGUUAAUCAGAAAGGGGAAAUGGAGCAGGGAAUAGGUGUCUUUCUGCCUUUCCACAUCUUGUUUCUAGUGCCUGGUGGCGUCCAGCCUGUCCACCCCUCUGGAUGUUGAGUGUUUUGGUCUGAAGAUGCCCCUAGCAGCAUCUCAUAGAUGCUUAGUUCUUCAGAGUGGCUUGUUCAUCAUGCAAAGCCAGAACGGACCCCCUUUCUUAGCAUUUUGAAUAGUUUAUUGCACCAACAUUGCUGUAAAGUCGUUAUAUUUUGCCCGAGCGUUACAAUUACAAACGGAGAGGCUGUUGCAGCUGAAAAAGAGCCUGAAGUGUGAACAGCAGUGGGACCUGGUGUCUGGGGGGGCUUGAAUUUUGUCUCUGUUCACCACUCUGCUCAAGUGUUUGCAGCACUGGGUAGCUUCCUGCCAGAAAUCCAGGUAAAUCCCCAUGUGCUGUUAUAAAUUAACACCUCUGAGCGUGGAGACCCUGGGCUGCUGCCCCAACAGUUAAAUGAGGAGAUCUGGUAGGGUCUGCUGGGGACUCUGCUCCUGCCUGGAACCCAAACCUGUUGAGCAAAUCCUGUGCCCACCAUCCCCUCUCUGGUGGAAUGCCAAGGAGAUGCUUUACCAGCACUGGGAAAAGCCUGUGGCUGGGCUGCUGGGGGAUUCUGCUGCCAGGAAUGCAGGAUCACCUGAAAGCCAGGCUGAGAAGCCUCCAGAGCGUGGGCUGCCUUGUUUCCCCCCAAGCAGGGGACACGGUGCUCCCUUGAAGGUUUCUAUGCAGCUUUUGUAUUUUCCUUGCAAUAAAAUGAGGUCCCAGCACAA